AUGGACGAAGGCACGCCGAAUCAGCAGUCGCACGCGUCGUCGACGUUAGGGCAGGACAUGCCACCCCGAGCCGAUAUCGACGAGAUACUGAGGCGGAAGCGGAAGGCACGAGAGUAUAAGGCCUGCUACCCGUGCCGACAGCGCAAAGUCAAGUGCGACCAGAACGUGCCAUGCAAGACAUGCGUCGUGCGCGAGCAUCCAGAGCUCUGCACCUACCAUCCUCCGAGCGAGACGCAUCCACCCGCAAAACGUAUCAGCAUGGGCAUGGGGCAGAAUGGCAAUGACUUUUCCAAUGGGAUGGUCCACAUCCACGGAGGAACAGUUACGCUGCCGCGAGAGGACUGGGAGCGCAUCUGCGCAAAACUCCAGACAGCGGAGAAGUCACUGGCUGACCUGAAGAAUUCCAUCAGCAGCGUCUCCGAAGUGCCACCAAAUCCACCAUCAAAUGAAUAUUCACCAGGAACCGCUGGGAACACACCUCUGGCCGCUGCUGCGCCGAUGGAUGGCGAGACGAGCCAUGUUAGAACGCAAGGCGUCCACACGCACAACGACUUUACCGGCCAGACCAUCCACAUUGGGCCGAGUUCCGUGCCGGCGCUCGUCAUGGCAUUGGGAAGAGGGGACAGUCAAUGGCCGGGAAUUCAGGAUGCCCUGGGCAAGAAGAGCAUGCUGCCGAUUUUUGGUCUAGAUAACGAAACCGCCACGUACCCGUUCGUCGACCUUUGGGGCCUUCCACAUGGUUCUAUUUCCCGUGCCAACGAACUCGCAAACGCUUUGCCAAAUGAUGCUGAGUGUUUGAGUUUCUUCCGGUGUUAUCGAGAGACAGCCCACGUCGUCUACCCUGCCGUUGCAGAUAUCGAAGGCAUUGAAUCAGACCUACUACUUUUCCUGAUCAACCGUGCAAGCUCGCAAGGCACCGCCGGGAUUACAGACCAGCAAAUAUACGGAAAAGACUUCCAUUGGAUUGGUCUCGUCUUCGCUAUCCUAGCAUCAGGAUGCCAAUGUUCCACUCUGCCGAGAAAAGAGAGGGAGUUGACUUCGCAGGUCUACAUCUGUUGCAGCUUUGAGUGUCUUCGGUUCACCAACUUCCUCUCCCAUGCGACGUUGGACAACAUUGAGACGCUUCUCAUUCUGGGGAAUGUCAUUUCCAACAACAUGAAUGCCGGCGUCGCAUGGAGUCUCAUGGGCUUGACCGUCCGCCUUUCGCAGACCCUCGGUUUGCAUCGGAUGUGUCCACCGUCCACCCCUUUGCAGAUCAAGCUUCUUCGAAGCAAGGUCUGGUGGGCGUUGCUGUGGCAAGACUCUUUGCUCUCCAUCUCCUAUGACAGGGCGUCGUCAACUACUACUAUCGACCAUACCGUUCCCUUGAGCCCGCACACUGCACCAGGGACCAGAACCUACGUUGAGAGCAUGUAUCGACUCUGCAAAGUGGGUCUCGAUAUCGUUCGGGAGCGGCAGCGACCACAAAACUCACACGACGCACUCAUACGGAUUACCGAGCAUCGAAACGAGCUGCAAGAGAUUAUGGUCGACGCAGCGGACUAUUUAAAAGAUUCUAGGAGAUGUCGAUCAAUGCGCGACCAACUUGAGCACUGGGCCCUUUACCUCCACAUCUCGUACAUAACCUCCGAGCUGUGUCGACCUGCGAUUAGCCCGAGCACCGCCGGCUUCGAUCUUUCAAAGAACUUGAAGAAGACUUGCAUCGAUAGUCUGGCAAACACUGUCGAAGCAUUUCUUGGCCUGCAGAACAUGACCCCCUUUGCGACACGAUCGUGGGCCUCCGUUCAUCGAUCGGUUAGCUCCGCGUUGCUGCUUGGAAUCCUACAAGAGCACAACCGUAACGAACGAGCUCGGUCCCUCCUCACCAACCUGGUGCAAGUCCUUGGAGAUGUCACAGCCAACGUGGAUCCAGCAGAGCUAUCUGCGCCAAUCACACGAUCAGUAUCUGCCCUCCAACGCCUUCUUAAUUACUCACCGAUGAACCGGAAGGCCAGCGACUCUGGCUCACAAUCUUCACCCUCUCUCCCGACAUUCAACGCGGACGAGCUCAAUGGGGCACUCAACGGUGACGGAACCUCUCUGAGUCAGUCGCCAAUUCUGGGAUUAGAUCUGGAUUCGUCGCCCUAUGCGCUCAUGGAGUCCAUAGUAUGGGGUGCACAAAAGACGCCUUGA